AUGUGCGGCGGCGAGAGCAACGGCAAGGCGCCCCCGGGGGAUGCCUCCCGGGCCAGGCGCUGGCGGAUUCCCUCCACGCCGCUGCUGCUGCUCGCCUACGUGGGCUACCUGCUGCUGGGCAGCACCGCCUUCUGGGCGCUGGAGUCGCCCGUGGAGCGCGGCACGGCGCACCUGCUGCUGCAGGAGAAGUGGGAGCUGCUGGAGAACUACACGUGCCUCGAGCGGGAAGACCUCGAGCGCCUCGCGGAGGGCAUCAUUCAGGCCUACCAGAGUGGACUUUACCUUAAGGAAAAUACAAGUCUGGGCCGAUGGGACUUCGUUGGCUCCUUCUUCUUCUCUGUUUCUGCAGUAACGACUAUCGGCUAUGGUAACUUGAGUCCUACCACAGUGGCUUCACAAGUCUUGUGCAUCUUCUUUGCCCUGUUUGGGAUCCCCUUAAACCUUGUCCUCCUGAACAGGAUAGGACAGCUGAUGCUCUCUGGUGUUCAGCUGUGUACUUUCCGCCUGGGUGAGAAGUUCCACUGGCAGAGAGGGGCAGCUGUCUUGACACGAAGCUGUGCUCUGGUUACUGGCCUUUUACUCUUUUUCCUGCUACCUCCGCUGUUGUUCACAGCCAUAGAAGGAUGGACCUACGAAGAAGGAUUCUACUAUUCUUUCAUUACUCUUAGCACAAUAGGCUUUGGAGAUUAUGUCAUCGGCAUGAACCCAGAGCGCACCUACCCAGGCUGGUAUAAGAAUGUGGUGUCUCUGUGGAUUCUCUUUGGGAUGGCUUGGCUAGCCCUAAUCAUCAAUCUUUGCAUCAGCUUGCUAGAGAACUCCGGAGGUCUUUGCCAGUGCUGCAAGAGGAACAGCAAAGAUGUGGAGGAGGAGUUAAUACAUGGCAACCCAAAUAUCUGUUUGGGCACUGAGGAUGGGCAGAACUGCAGCACGAAAGACACAAAGCCUGCAGGGCCAGAUUGAAUUGCAUGUACCUCUUGAUCAACUGACGUGUUUGGGUUCUUACACAAGGGAAACAUCUGGCUGGGCCCUCCAUCACUUGGGUGCCAUGUUUUGGCCCUAACAGACAUUUGCUAGACUUGUCACUCAGGCCACAGUGGAAAUCGAAGUAAGCUCCAUGGGUUAUCCAAGGACUGCCAACUACAAGAAAAUCAUUUGCUGGGUAGGAAGAAUAAAAGAGUAUAUCUUGGGUCAGCAAUCAGCAGUAAGGGUUUAGAUUGCUGUGGGCAUAUGAGUUGGAUGACCAUGAACAUCACCAUUCGAUUGUGUGCAUCUGAAGCUGGCAAUGUAUAA